GCACCCGCAAUUCAAAAACUCAACGAAAAAGGGGAAGUGAAAGAAAAACAAAAAAGGAAGUUCCAUUCCAUCCCCUCCCCUCUAGCGCCCUUGCUGACCGAGAAACCGAGAAUUGAAGGUCGGUCGACCAUGAAGAUCUAGGUCGAUCGCCGGCGGCUGAGUGGGGAACGAAAUGAGCGGCGGUCGAUUGUGCAGAUUGCUGGGCGAAUUGGGGUACCGAGGUGCUGAGUCUUUGGACCCUGACAGCUUCGAAUGGCCCUUCCAAUACGAUGACGCUCGCCCCAUUCUGGAAUGGAUCUGCUCCAGCCUCCGCCCUUCCAAUGUCCUCUCCCUCGCCGAGCUCUCCCAGUAUGAGCAGUUUCUGCAAGAAGGGAAGUUAUUGGAGGGGGGUGACUUGGACUCGGCUUAUGAUAGUAUUUCAGCAUUUUCUUCUAGCCGAGACAACCAGGAGGCAGUUUUUGGGGCUGAAGAAAGUUUAAAAGAUAUAAGGGAUGCGACUUUAGCAUAUAAGACUGAAGCUCUGGAGUUGCAGAGCCAGCUCAGCCAUCUGCAGUCUCAAUUCAAAAUGCUUACUGGCCAAGCAUCAACGUUGGUACAAGGAAGGCGUGCUCGAGUUGCUGCAACAUCUGCAGUUAAUGGGCACCUUACAACGAUAGAUGACAGUUUGUCAGCCAGAAACUUGCGCAUGAAUGAAGUGCUUGAAAGGAUUGCUUCUGCAGCCGAGGAGUUGGCUAAUUACCAUUCUGGGGAUGGUAAGGCUUGGUCUUAUCUUUCUCUUUCUGUGAUGACCUUGCAACUUGAAUUCUGCACAGAGGAUGGCAUUUACUUGGCUUACUCGGAUUUCAACCCGUACUUGCUUGGAGAUUCUUCUUACAUGAGGGAGAUAAAUCAGUGGUUUUCUAAACAACUGGACACGGGUCCUUUCAGACUAGUUGCAGAGGAAGGAAAAUCAAAAUGCUCUUGGGUCAGUCUUGAUGACGUAUCAAAUGUUAUAGUAAGAGAUAUAGAAAUAUCACAUCAGCAGCGAGUAUCUGAACUGCAGAGACUUCGAUCUAUAUUUGGAACAAGUGAGAGACAAUGGGUUGAAGCCCAGGUUGAGAAUGCAAAGCAGCAAGCUAUUCUUGUGGCUUUGAAAUCUCAGGUUGCAUCUGAUGAAGCACACAUCCAUCUUGAUCUUCAUUCUCUCAGGAGGAAGCAUUCAGAACUGGUCACAGAACUCUCAAGCCUUCAUCACAAGGAAGAAAAAUUACUAUCUGAGGCAAUUCCAGAACUUUGUUGGGAGCUGGCUCAGCUCCAAGAUACAUAUAUUCUACAAGGUGACUAUGAUUUAAAGGUCAUGCGACAAGAGCACUACAUUACAAGGCAGAAACUGGUACCUUUUUUAGCCAUAUUUCUUAUUGAGCUCACCUGGACCCCUACUUUUAUAACUCAUCUCAUAAAUCAGCUAGCAAGGCAUCAGUUCCUAAAGUUAGCCUGUCAGUUCGAAAAGAAGAACAUGCUUGGAGCAUAUUCACUACUUAAAGUUAUUGAGUCAGAACUGAAAGGUUAUCUGUCAGCGACCCAGGGCCGAGUGGGUCGUUACUUGGCACUGAUUCAAGCUGCAUCUGAUAUUCAAGAACAAGGCGCAGUAGAUGACCGAGAUGCACUUCUGCACGGUAUCAGGGACCUUCUAAGCAUUCAUUCUAAUGCUCAAGCUGGAUUGUCGGCAUAUGUAUCAGCUCCUGGUAUUGUGCAACAAAUUUCUGCUCUUCAGUCAGAUUUGACGUCGCUGCAGUCUGAUCUUGAUAAUUCACUCCCAGAAGACAGAAAUAGAUGCAUCAAUGAGCUGUGCACGCUAAUACAAAGUAUGCAGCAGCUGUUGUUUGCAUCUUCAACUACUGCACAGCCGAUUCUUACUCCUCGAGCAUUGAUGAAGGAGCUUGAUGACAUGGGGAAGACCAAUGCUGAUCUAGCUGCUGCAGUUGAAGAAGUUACACUUGAACACUGCAAGAAGAACGAGAUAGUGAAGCAUCAUUCACAAGAAGUGGGGAUUCAGAGGCAAGUGUUUGUGGACUUCUUCUGCAAUCCUGAUCGUCUGAGGGAAAGAGUCCGAGAUCUAACCGUCCGUUUCAGAGCAAUGCAAGUAACUUAAACUGCCCCCCUAUCUUUUCUUUCCCUCAAUCAUAAUCCACUUGUUGUGUACCUGGUACAUUUUGUCUCCCAUCUUUUCGUUGAUUCUGAGUUGAAAAUAUCAUAAUCUAGGUUUUGUAUGUUGGUCAUCCUCCUAAUCUGUGUUUUUAGUCUUAUAUUAUACCACAAUUGAGAAAGAGCAUUAAAUGAAACUCUCCCAGAAGGACUCAGUUAUCAGAGUCUCGAUGUUGAAUCGUGAGCAACAACAAUCGACUUCGUUGCUUGAUGUUGGAGUGUUUCAGGAGAGAAAGCAGUGAAAGUAAUUCCAAAGCAUGGUACUUGAAAUGGUGCUGUUAUUUUGAAUCGAACUUGUGGGUAAUUCCAUCUAUCAUUAAUCUGUCCCAUAAAGGGAAGUAGUCAAAAUCUCACUUCUCCAGUAUCUACAUCAUCUCAUAAGAGACCCUCCCAACUACAUGAAAACUAGUCAUUGGAGGUGCCAGAAGCAGUAGCAGCAGGAGCAAUGGCAGCCCUGCCGAACCUAGAUAACUGUCGUUGUUUGCCGCUGCUGCCACAGUGAGAACUGGGAGCGGAGUCGAAUCUGGGUUUCGUGGGCAAUAGGCCGCCAUUUUGCAACAAAGAAGCAAAUGGUUUCGGUUUCUGGGGCGCAAGAGCAGGAGCGAAGCUCGUCUUGUGAUAUCGACACCGGAAGGAGCCAGGGUGGGUGGAAGGAGAACAAAGGCAAGCCCUCCUCCCUGAUUUUGGUGUCUGAUCAGUUGCUGCUGUUGUUGUGGUGGUGGUGGUGUUGUUCCCGUUGGCUUCUCUCAUUGCUUCUUUGGUCUGCUUCCUCUUGUGUUUUUCCAACCUGAUCA